CGUUAUUCUUUUACCUUUUGAUCGGAAAAAUAGAUCUGGAGUACCCAAUAUACUCGCGUUUGCACAUCAUCAAAGGAGGCAGACGUAGAAGAAACCAGCUUGGAUGCGCACUCCCAAGAUGGUAGAAAAGAAAGGAGAGAACGUUCCCGGUGUCGAUAAAUCUACGAAAACAAUUCAUGAGAAAGAGUCAUCACAGCAUGAGGAGAAAACCACGUCAUUAGGCGAGGAUGAAAGCUUUACUAAUUCCUCUAAUUCUCCGCAGUCGCCGAGCGGCAGCAGUGAGCAGAGUGGCAAUCACGAAGUUAAAAACAAAUUGAACGGCAAGAGCAAGACUUCAAGAUCCAAGAGAUUCAAAAAGAUUGCUUGCACAGAGUGUCGACAGCAGAAGGCCAAGUGCGAUGCUAAUGACAAGGCACCAGACUCAUGUACCCGAUGCAUCAAACGAGGGAUUCCAUGUCGAUUAGAUUCCGAUUUCAAAAGAACUUUCAAGAGAGCCAAAAUUGAUGAAUUGGUGAAAGAGUACGAGAUCAUCAAGUCCAAGUUGCAGGUGAACUCGGAGCUAGUGAACCUUAAGGACUUCCGGAGUCAGUCAGGUUCCCCUAACUCUCACGGUGAGCACAUACAAGGAGGUCACAGUAUAAAUACUGCCUCACACACCAUACCAAACUUGAGUUUCGGCUUGACCACUGCAGCGUCACCACUUAAUGGACAAUCGCAAUUUCUUCCUCCAUUACAAUCGCUUCAACGAGCGUCCAACUAUUUGAACAACAAUUUCAAAACUACUAAUGGCUCUCCCUUGCCGGACCCUAACAUAUUUCAUCCUUCGGCCAACAACAACAUGAUUACGAGCACUUCCCCUUCUAUCCCAACUACAGCACAGCCGCUACACAGAAGCAACACCCUUCCUUUAAACAGGUCUACGAGUCCGCUGGCAAUAUCCAGUAGAUCUCAAUACAGUCCUCUGUCCCUCAUGAAUAGACCUCAAUCGCCACUGAACCCAGACCUUAACAUACCCUCUAUUCAUCCUCAAAUUUCGCUAACUACAUAUGGACAGCCGCUCUCUUCAGCCCCCACCCCAAAGUUUGACAACAUCGGCUCGAACAGUAGAAUAAAUAGCAGCUACAAUCUAACAACACUAAUCUCUGCUGCGAAUGCGUCAAGUAAAAAUGACCCAGUCACCAGUUUAGGCCCAUCUGUUUGCUCUUCUAAUAAUGAGACUAGCAACUACUUGAACUGGAAAGUGCAAAAUUGUGCUGUAAGUAAGCCUCAAAUUAACCCUCCCAUGCUUGAAUGCACACCCAAGACAUUGGGAGAAAUGUCCUUAAAUGAAGAACAAAUAGUAGUGCUAUUUAGCACGUUUGUGACUUAUUACCACCCAUUUUUACCUGUUGUCGAUGUAAAUAAAGGGAUUGAACGAAUUUAUAAGCUUUGUCCUGUGCUUUUUUGGACAAUAAUGCUUACAGCACUAAGGGGACACCACAAACUUACGCCAACCAUUUCGCAAUCUGAGUGUCAAUCACUUUAUUUUACCCUAUCUCCUAUACUCAAAUCUGUGUUAGCGGAGAUAACGAUUUCACCAAUUACAAGAUACACCCCAACAGAAGAUGAAGAACCUAUUUUGAAUGCAUCAAGCGUAUACUCUGUUCAAGCAUUUUUGAUAUAUACGUUCUGGCCUCCAUUGAUCUCUUCAUUGAGUGCUGACUCGAGUUGGAAUACAGUAGGUAUUGCAAUCUACCAGGCCAUGAGAAUUGGACUACACUCUCCAGGUCAUACCUCCGACAGCUUGAAGUCAACAAAUAAGGAUUUCAUGACCGAACAGAUCAGAACUUGGAUAGGUUGUAACAUUGUGUCACAAACGAUCGGAACGGUUUUUGGUUUUCCAGCUUUUUUUCAACCGUACGCAUCAUUUUCUUUAACAGGAAUUGAAGUCCCCAAAACCAUGAAACAAAUGUUGGAAAUACAAACCUUUGAGGAGCAGGUUGAGAAGACGUUGAAUAAUAAUGCUUUUGACCCUUUGCGCCUUAAGCAUGCCUCCGAAAGAUUACCAAUGAUUCAGCUAUUAGAAAGCGAACUGAAUCAGUUGGAAUUGAGGCUUUCUGCUGAUACCCAAAAUCCGAUGGACGACUUUAGAGUACUGCUGUUAUAUGCUGCUCGACUUCAUUUACUGAGUUAUAACUUUCUGGACAAUGAGCAGAUUGCAAGUUUUCAAUUGAAAAGGGGCUAUAUCAAAACUUACAAUGCUUCUUUGGCUCUUCUUCAACACUGUAAAGAGUCGCAGGGACGAGACGAUACUUUUGUCAACAACUUACCUAGUGCUUGCAUUUUGAGUAUCUGGCAGGCAUCGGUUAUAAUUGCAAGGUUGGUAAACUCUUGCUACAAAUCUGUACUCGAUGUAGGAGCAGGAAAAGAGUUGUACCAAUCUGCAAUUGCACUGGUGAUGAAAGCAUCUGUGAUGAAACACGACCUUUCUUAUAGAUCUUGUGGUAUCAUGAAGUCGACAUGGAACUUAUUCAGGACUUUAGACGAGGACGAAUCCGGCAUCUUGAAUGUUAAUGUUAAAUCCAGGAUGGCCGCCAGUAUAUUUUUUGAUUCCUUAUGGAUUCUUAGAGAAAAAUGUGGUAUGAUAAGAUUGAGACCCACCAAGGAAAAGAACAGCGUCAGUGACAGCGUGGAUUCGGAUAGUGAAGUAGAAGUGAUUGACGAGGAAACGAGUGAAAAUGAAAAGCUCGAAAAUAAAGCAACAAAGGAUUUGAUUAGGGCUGACAAGGAGAGAAGAUCAAUGAGCAAAGACAGCACAUCUUCUUUGAAGAAGAAGUCCAGCUAUCACCCCGAAUCAGCCGCAAGACGUAUCAUAAGUACCAUUCCGUUGGAUCCACAACCUAUUGCAAUUGCUGAAACGCCCCAGGAUAGCAACAGCAGCAGCAAACAAAGUUCGCCAUUUUUGUCAAAUUACAGAUCUCCAACCAAUAACGAAACCUCGGUUAAAAAGAUAAUAAGUCCUCAAAGUUUAGCCAACGUGACUGCCUCCCAAUAUCACAGUUCUCCAGAAAGUCACGGCAAAGAACCAACCACUGUGAUUGCCUCAAAAAUUUCAAAUCCUGUUGCAAAAAAUAAAGACUUGCCGGCUACUCAAAAUACUUCGCAAGAUAUUGCUAAUAUCGCGUCGAAUGGAACAAAAGAACUGCAAGAUAAAAGUCAGAGCAAGGACGAAGCAGUUAAUCCUGGAUCUUCGAUUUUGCUUGAUUCGUGGGAUAUCGGCAAUGAGUUUGAUUCUGCAAUGCUCUUCAAGGACAUUGAAUCGGUUAUGGAUGAAUUUGGCUUUCAUGCAGACUAUUAACACGUUACCUGUAAAAUUCUUUAGUCAUCUGUAAUAAUUAGACUGUACAUUAAACUAACACACUAA